CUAAACAGAACCAGAGGGCCAGAGGCUACUUGGCUAACUUGCACUGCCUGCCACAGUGAUUCAUGGAGCCAAUUUCUUAUUCGGUUCCCCUCUUCUAAGCUCCAAGCCGGCGCCAAAGUAUUCGUCUUUCUUUCCUUCCUUCACCCUUUUCCCCUUUUUCUCCUUUCCCCCAAAAAAUUUGGUCAGUGUUUCCGCUGCUUUCUUUCUUUUUCUAUCCCUUUUUUCCUGAUCUCUAAGCUUCAAAGGCAUAGUAAGACCUUCCAAUCCCCUCACUCCACACAAUGACAAACCCAGAAGAAAUUCUCUGCCUUCCCUUUCCUUUGUUUUCAAUGCUUUAAAAAGCCACCCCCACAAACAUCCUUUCCCUUUCCCAGAAUUUCUCCUUGUCUAUCUGUUCCUUAGAGAGGGAGAGAGAGUGAUCUUCCCUUUUGUCGUUCUUUUUUUUUGUCUGGGGGUUCAAUGAUGGAGAAUGGCUUCUCUUCUCCCAGAACCGAGGCUUUCCCUGCUGGCCUUCGAGUUCUGGUUGUUGAUGAUGAUCCUACCUGGCUCAAAAUCCUUGAGAAGAUGCUCAAGAAAUGCUCCUACGAAGUCACCACCUGUGGCUUAGCAAGAGACGCACUCCUCAAGCUUCGCGAGAGGAAAGAUGGAUAUGACAUUGUAAUCAGCGAUGUGAACAUGCCUGACAUGGAUGGCUUCAAACUUCUAGAACACGUCGGCCUUGAGAUGGAUCUUCCCGUGAUCAUGAUGUCGGUUGAUGGAGAAACAAGUCGAGUGAUGAAAGGUGUUCAACAUGGAGCAUGCGAUUAUCUCCUAAAGCCCAUAAGAAUGAAAGAACUGAGGAACAUCUGGCAGCACGUGCUUCGCAAAAGGUUACACGAGGUAAGAGACAUCGAGAGUCUCGAGGGGAUCGAGAGCAUUCAAAUGUCAUCUAUAAAUGGUUCGGAUCAAUCGGAAGAUGCUUACUUAUUCUGUGGAGAUGAUCUCUCCUCGAUGAGGAAGAGAAAAGACGACAAAGACCUGGGGGAUACUUCCUCUAACAAAAAAGCUAGAGUAGUUUGGUCUGUUGACCUGCAUCAGAAAUUUGUCAGGGCUGUGAAUCAAAUAGGAUAUGACAAAGUUGGCCCGAAGAAAAUCCUCGACUUGAUGAAUGUGCCAUGGUUGACUAGGGAAAAUGUUGCAAGUCAUUUGCAGAAAUACCGGCUCUACUUGAGCAGACUGCAGAAGGAAAGUGAUCAGAAGCCAUCUGUUGGUGGGGUGAAGCAUUCAUCAGAUUCAGCUUGUAGCAAUUCCGCUGUAAGUUUCAACAUCCAAAGCUCGGCCAACUUGAAGCAGAAUGAUGUUUCGAGUGCCAACUAUGAGUUUUCUGGCAAUACCGUGAACGUGGAGGGUAGUAGAAGCCACAGAGACCGAAAGGGAACUGUCUCUUUAGCCCUGGCAGAACCUCAAAGAACCUUAACUGUUGACGUUCCUCCUACACGUAUGCCCAAAGGAUCAAGAAUCGAUUUUAGCCAUCCCUCUCGAUCUUCCAAAUUAGAUGGGAAGUUUUCGGCUUUGGAUUCUUCAUUCUCAACACCAUUUCCCUGGGGUGAUCAUACUGCAGAGAUUCAGCUGAAACAAGAACAGAAACCUCUGCAUUUGGACCAUGGAUUCAGGCAGCAGCCAGCAUUGCCUAGGCACCACCAACAACCUAUCAAACUCAACUGUUUAUCGUCAGCAGCAGCUGUUAGUUCCAGAGCUAUUGGGAUACCUGAGAAAGUUGAGCCCUUACAUGGGGAGUUGUGGAACAAUGUCAAGCAUAUACAAGCAGGCGAAAUAGUCAGCUCCAGCAGCGCUAUCCAGACAAUGAAUCAUACGACGACAAGUCAGCACCAAGUUGUUGAUGAGAUUCCUGCUACUACCUCUUCAACCGCCAAAAAUCAGUGUCUCGAUUUGGGCUGCAUUCCUAACUUUGAGAGCAUGCAGAGAGGGCCAAACUUGGGGUUAUUGCCUUAUCCUGUGUUGGACGAGGACUUGCAACUCUUUUUGAUCCAAGGCGGCUCGAGUCUAGGACUCCAAAACAUGGGAUUUCCGGAGUACUUAGACCCGGGUCUGGUUUAUGAAGAUCAAAUAAACUUAUUUGAUGCAACAAGGUUUGAUCGUGAGAAUAAUCUCUAUGACCCAACAGAAUGUCAGCUAAUAGAUCAAGGCUUAUUUAUAUCAUGAUGAACUUUGUCUCUGGAUGCUCUCCUUUUUGAAUGCUGACAUCAGUUGGCAUAAAGGGUUGAUGAGAGAAACCUCUAGAGGUAUAUAAUAAGCUUACUGCUCUCUAGUAGGAUUUCCUUCGACCAAUUCUAUGUUGUUAAAGCAUCGCCAGAUGAAAAAUAGUAUAUUGCCAUGAUUUUUAUGUAUUAUGGUGUUGGUUCAUUCUGUGCCUUCUUUGAUGAUAUGACAAUGCUAGACAGGAAAACCAGAAGAAAUUUGAUGUAGUUCUUCCAUUUAGCAUAAUACAAUUUACUCAAUCAA